AUGUCUGCCCCCGAAGCAAAGUGUCCAGGUUCGCCUGAAGGUGACAACGCCUGGAGGAGAAAGGAGGCGGCGGCAGAGCGCAUCUUGGAGCAUCCUGAGAGAACCACGCCGCUCCGGCUCCUCCAGCGGCCGGUCAGCGGGCAGCAGCUCGGCCUGGAUACCCGAGUGACCGGGGCACAGCAGCAGGCAGCCUCGCAGCCGUCCACUCAUAUUGCCCAGGCUACUUUCCAGGUUGAUGCAUUUAACUCAUCCUUCAUUCUUGACGUUGAACUAAACCAUGAUUUGCUGUCCUCCCAGUAUGUGGAGCAUACUGUUGAUGCAAGGGGAAAUUCUGUUCAGUCUGGGGUUGGCGAACACUGUUAUUACCAUGGCAAAAUCCAAGGAAAUCCAAAAUCCUCUGUGGCCAUUUCAACAUGUUAUGGACUACAUGGUAUGUUCUAUGAUGGAAACUACACUUAUUUGGUUGAACCAGCACAAAGAAAUGAUCAAAAUACUUUGAAUGACACUGAGCAGCAUUUAGUUUACCAGAUCAUUGGCCGUGACACUACUUUGCAGUUUCUACAACUUGAAGAUACUGAGAGGAAUGAUCUCUUUGAUGCUCGGCGUACUAUCCUUUUUAGGAAGAAAAGACAGAUAAGUCGAAUUCGCCGGAAUGUUCACGAUGAGACAAAGUACAUUGAGCUGAUGGUUGUUAAUGACCAUUUUAUGUUUAAAAAACAUCGUUUGUCGGUGGGCCUUACAAACAAUUUCGCAAAAUCAAUUGUGAACAUGGUGGAUAUGAUAUUCAAGGAAGAGCUCAACACCAGAAUUGUACUAGUGGCUAUGGAAACGUGGUCAGUUGACAACAAGUUCACCAUAGAUAUGAACCCUCAAGUAACUCUACGAGAGUUUAUGAAGUACAAGAGAGAUUUCAUUACAGUGAAGAGUGAUGCCAUUCAUCUAUUUUCGGGAACUAUGUUUAAAAGCAGCCAGAGUGGAGCAGCAUACGUUGGUGGAAUUUGCACACAGUCUAAAAGUGGCGGGGUGAAUGAGUUUGGAGGUGCUGGUGCAAUGACUGUCACACUUGCUCAAAGCCUGGCCCAGAAUCUUGGCAUCUUUCCAGAUAACAAAAGAAAGAAUGGUGAUUGCAAAUGUGAAGACCAAUGGGUCGGGUGCAUAAUGCAAGAUUCUGGGCUUUACCUUCCACGGAAAUUUUCUCAGUGCAAUAUAGAAGAUUACCAGGAUUUUUUGAACAAUGGUGGUGGUCACUGUCUCUUCAAUAAGCCUACCCGACUUCUUGAUCCUCCGGAGUGUGGCAAUGGAUUUGUAGAGGCAGGAGAAGAAUGUGACUGUGGUUCAAAAGCUGAAUGUAGCAAGGAGGGAGAAAACUGCUGUAUAAAGUGCACUCUCGUGAAAGGAGCCAAGUGCAGCAAUGGACUUUGUUGUAAAGAUUGUCAGUUUCAACGAAAUGGCUUUGUGUGUCGUGAGGAAGUAAAUGAUUGCGACAUUCAUGAGACCUGCACUGGAAAUUCUAGUGAGUGUCCACCAAAUGUGCAUAAAAUGGAUGGCUACGUCUGCGACAGUGAUCAGGGGCUUUGCUAUGGUGGGCGAUGUAAAACCAGAGAACGACAAUGCAAAUAUGUGUGGGGAGAGAAAGCAAGAGCUGCAGACAAAUUAUGUUAUGAAAAGCUUAACAUUGAAGGGACAGAGAAAGGAAAUUGUGGCAAAAACAAAGACACUUGGAUCCAAUGCAAUAAACAAGACGUACUUUGUGGCUAUCUGCUGUGCGAUGAUACCUCUGGUGUGCCAAGAAUUGGAGAACUCUCAGGUGAUGUGACUGUCUCUACCUUCUUACAGAAGCACAAGCAUAUCAACUGCAGUGGUGGCCAUGUCAUAUUAGAUGAAGUCACAGAUCUUGGAUACGUGCAAGAUGGAACCCCAUGUGGACAGGACAGAAUGUGUAUCAAUCACAAGUGUCUUCCUCUGAAAUCAUUUAAUUUCAGUAUCUGCCCUGGAGCUAGUGGUGCAAGAAAAUGUUCAGGACAUGGGACUUGCAGCAAUGAAGGAAAAUGUAUGUGUGACCUAGACUGGGAUGGUGCUGACUGCCAUAUAUAUGCACCAAAGGAAGUAGCAGAAGGACAAGGUUUUUUGUUGCUGGGCAGUGGAUCAAUUCGAACCAAUAUCAUUAUUGGUGCCAUUGCAGGAACCAUUUUGAUGGCAAUUCUCGUGUUGGCUGUUGCAGCAUUGUUUUACAAAAACUACCGAGAAAGAAGGCAAAUGCCACAAGGAGACUAUGUCAAAAAGCCUGGGGAAGCUGACUCUUUCUAUAGUGACAUACCUCCUGGAGUCAGCUCAAACUAUUCAGCAUCUAGUUCUAAGAAAAGAUCAAAUGGACUGUCUCAUUCAUGGAGUGAACGGAUUCCAGAUGAAAAACAUAUUCCAGAUGUCUGUGAAAAUGGUCGACCACGCAGUAACUCCUGGCAGGGGAAUUUAGGAGCCAAUCGAAAGAAAAAUAAAGGAAGAAAGUUUAGACCACGUUCUAAUUCCACAGAGACUUUGUCUCCUUCUAAGUCACAUUCAUCAUCCAAUGGGUCCAUUGCUUCUAGUAGGAAAUGCCCAUACCCAAUGCCACCUCUUCCAGAUGAAGAGGCAAAAGUUGGUCGACAAAGUGCACGGCUCUGGGAGACCUCCAUUUAGACUUCUAUUCAGU